AGAGGGGCAGCCUCCUUACCCUCCUUACCCCCUUACCCUCCUGGCGCGUUUAAAUUACAACCUUCCAUUGUUCUUUCGUGUGCUAGAACGCUAGCGACAACAUGCGUUUCUCUCACAAGAAAUCGAAAAAAUUGUGCCUUUCAUCACCACGAAUCAAUAAAGGUCUCCAGUUGAAAAGAUGGAGAAAGCAACACAAUAUACUGAAGGUUCUACAAGCAUCGGCUCCAGUCGAGAAUGUCGUCAACAAUACAACUACAAUAGUGAAUUUUACAAGCGAUGAAGACGAUUUGAGUGAUUUAGUGACAGAAAAGACAGAGAAAUCGAGCGUGCAGAACGCUGAGCCAUCUCAAAGCAGUGAAGAGUCCAGCGUGCAAAAUGCUGAGCCACCGAAUAACAGUGAAGAGAACGCUGAGCCACCUAAUAACAGUGAAGAGUCGAGCGUGCAGAACGCUGAGCCAUGUAGUAGCAGUGAAGAGUCCAGCGUGCAAAAUGCUAAACCACCUAAUAGCAGUGAGGAAUCGAGCGUGCAGAACGCUGAGUCACCCAGCAGCAGUGAAGAGUCGAGCGUGCAGAAUGCUCAGCCGUGCAAUAGCAGUGGCGUGCCUAACUAUAACAGUGAUAUUCUACGAGUGUUCGAAAAUGCAUUACAACCAUUAAGUGGUAGAAGGCUCUUCGAUGUCAAAAAUCUUUUUACUGAUGUGUGUAAAAUGGCGUUGCAUAAUACAAACAUGUGUUCAUUUUACAAUUUCAUUUUUGUAAGAGAGGUCCGACGAGGGCUUUACGCUACUUUUGAAUUCAAAUGUAGCAUGUGCAAAUUAAAAAUAAAGCAACAAAAUCUCCUGAAGGUUCUACAAGCUUCGGCUCCAGUCGAAAUUGUCGUCAACAAUACAACUCCAAUAGUGAAUUUUACAAGCGAUGAAGACGAUUUGAGUGAUUUAGUGAUAGAAAAGUCAGAGAAAUCGAGCGUGCAGAACGCUGAGCCAUCUCAUAGCAGUGAAGAGUCCAGCGUGCAAAAUGCUGAGCCACCUAAUAACAGUGAAGAGUCGAGCGUGCAGAACGCUGAGUUCUGCAUAAAAUUUACACACACAUUCCUCAUAAAAUUUACACACACACCCAUCCCCUCUAACAAUCCCCACUGCUGUGCCACAACCUCCCUUUCUCUCCAUCCCCCUGCUGCGNUAGCACGCAUUCCUAUACGGCAUCGCGUCGGCCAGACGUAA